UAAAACUUCCAUGGUUAUUUCGACGAAUGUUAUAUUCCCGUAAUUCAAUAUCGUCACAACAUGUUGUAUUUACAAUGAUCCGGAAUUAUUUUCCAGAAGACGCUGUGUUACUUAUUCUUGAAAGAGAAAUCCUAAACAAAAACGCUGGUCUAUUAUGCGCAACAUCGGAUAGAAAAGGCCGUUCUCUUUUCUGGUGGAGUUGUAAAAAGAAUUAUCCCCGUGUUAUUUAUCGACUAUUAAUUUUUUUUCAUGAAGCUAAUGCUAAUAAAUAUCCUGGUUAUAUUAUGUGUAAUCCUCAUGCUCUUAAUAAUAAGGGUUAUUCUCCUAUCGAACUUCUUGUAUCACAUAUGCAACAAAAAAUAUGGAACGGACCAGAAUUAAUUAAUGUAGCACGCCAGGUUUUAAGCUUUAAAGGGAACGGUGGCUUAUCAUUUUUAGCUACUGCUCUUUUGUCGGAUGAACAUACCAUGAGAAAAGUUGCUCGUGUAACUUUUGCUUCAACUGCGUAUAAUAGAGAAAUUAUAUUUAUGCCUCCCCAAACAAUGAGUUUAGAUGAUCUUUUUCUAGUACACCCUACCAAUGUAAGGAUUCCACAUUCUGAUGAGCUAACCCCUUUUCACCUAGCGUUACAUCAUGGACGACGUCGCGCACAGCGUUUGGUUAUGAAAGCUCUAGCUCUUUCGUUUUUAUAUAACAUUCAAAGUUUUUCUUCGCUCACGGAAUUAUGGUGCGGAAUUUAUAGUGCUGCAGAAUUGAAUGAAUCUUCUGCCUUAUUAUUAAUGACACGCAAUUAUCCAUUUUUAAUUCAAAAUAUUUUAACGUUAAUUUCUCCGGGAGACAAUUUAUCUGAUGAUGCACUUGUUUCCUUAGUAGAAAGGAUACCUCCGUCCUUUAUAUUUGAAUCCAAUGGUGUCGGAGCACUUGAAAAUGCUGUUUGGUAUUCUAUGUCCCCUAAAGUAUCCGAAUCUUUAGUAUUAUUUGACGCUUUAACAACACCUAAUCGAAUUCUUUUAUUCACGACAAAAGACUGUCGUGAAGCUUUGCUGGCAACUCAUAAGGCCAUGCUCUACUAUCGACGUUAUAAAUCCUAUCCCGCAAUAAAAGAAAGUCUGUUUAUAAAGAAAGAAAAAAUUUUAAAAAAAUUGUUCAAAUCGACAAUUUUGGACGUGCACAUCCAAGUUUUGAUGAUUAAUCACGUCGUCGCAUUCCUUUUUAUAAUUAUAUCACUUUGCUUUAUUUUUUGGUUAUUUUUGGUCACGCGAGUUUCUUCCAUUCAUUCAUUUUAUGUGGAUCCAAUGAAAUGUAUACCUUCGUCAGCUGACUCGUUCCAAAAAGCAGCGUGGCUAUCUUUUCGUACUUGUCUUUUUGGUUAUGCGCCUCAUACUGAAGGAAUACCUACUUCUAUAUUAUGGUAUCACCGAUUGUGGAUCUUAUGUCGUUGUGUCGUUAAUGUGUAUCUUCUGUCAUCAAAAGUUUUUUGGAGUUCAAAAGAUUUAUUUCUUUGGCCUUUACUUUUAACACUACUUUUAUUUCUCCAAAAUUUCUUUUUUUGUUUAAUGACAUCUUCUAAAACAGAACAAUUAUUACAUGAAACAGUAGAUUUUUUAGACGUUAGCUGUUUUAAUAAACAACAUACUUGGAGUCAUCUAUUGAAGAGUGAAAUAUGCAAUUCCUGUGAACACACGCGCCAAAAGUCGUUACAUGUUGGUUUCAUUCGACCACAUGAGCAUCGCUUGAAAAACACCCGUUGCCUAAAAAAGAUCAUAUAUCCUUGGCAGCCGUGUGUAUCUCGUCGUCAGACGUGGAUACAUUCUUGUACAAGCGGAAGUGGCGCAACUAAAAUGCAUCAAAAAAAGUUAAUACAACAUAAUCCUCACUAUAUUAAAGGAAACAAUUUUAACACCAAUUUUAAGGCAACCCCAUCAACCCCAGGAGUCAAAAACUUCAAACAAUUUUUAAUAAAAUACCUUUCAAGACAAUUGAAAAUUCCGCCUAAAGAAUAUUUUAAAUCCUGCUGUCUUAUUUCAUUUCUGAUUCUUUCUACAACGUUUGCUCCUCUUGUUGGUACCACAUUUUUAUGUAAUUUUAUGUCCGUCUAUAAUAAUACAGAACUUUUUGAAUUAUACCGAACAUCUCCUCUGUCAGCUAUUUUUUUUGAAGGUUUUUUGAUUUUGUUAAUUUCCACACUUUUAUUUAGUUUUUUUAAACCAUUUCUUAUAGUCUUUAUAAUUCUUCGUCAGCGUUUACGUUUUGUACAAACACUUAAAGGUUUAUCUCCUGAUUCCGUGAAGGAUAUUUUGAAGCUAGAUUUAAGAGGUCAUGAUCUUUGGGAAGUUUGCCGGUGUUGGACUCGUUUAUGGCGUGAAUGCUUACGACGUUCCGAUGUUUUAUGGAAAACAGCUGGCCCUAUAUUAAAUAGUUUUUCCCUUAUGUGUGUGAUGUUCAUUGCAGCAUUUUUAAGACUCUUCAUUUGGUCGACGGGAGGCGAACAUUUACAAACACGUUUAGGAUUAGGCAUUUUUCAAUUUGUCUUAAUCACCAUGUUUUUGGUUAUGUUUUCCACAAAAGAAAUGUGUUCUUAUAAUCAGGCACUCACUGAAAGUUGGCAAUGGUUAAAAACGUUUUAUAUUUCAAGUCGUUUCAAUACCAUUCAUCAUGAAAUUUUACGUAACGAAAUCACUGAUAUAACAGUAUUAGAUACAAAAGAAUUACGGAUCCUUGGUGUGAACGUCACGGAUUCCGUUUACCGUUUGGUUCAACUUUUAACUCUACCAACCAAUGCGUUUUUAUUGCUGACAUCCAUUCAUAAUAUAGCGUCCCCUAUGUAUCUUUAAAUAGUGACGAAAUUGACGCG